CUUGCAUGGUAGCGUCGCAUUUAGGCCACCUCUCAACGCUCCGGAUCAUGCAACGAAAGUACCAGGGAUCAUUCAAAAUCAACUGGGCAUGUCAACAUGGAAGAACGCCCUUGUACUUUGCAACAGACCUUGGUCAUACUGAGGCUGUUCGGUUUUUGGUCAAUCACGGAGCGGAUAUUACCAAGCAAGUGGUACUCGGGAGGGACAGCACUGCACACAUCAGUCGACAAACAUGAAACCCAGAUUGUGGAGAUCAUGUUGGAGGCUGGCGUCCAUCCAGACACAAAAAUGGAGCGGUCAUGAUACAGCAUGAUACAGCGCUGGAAAGAGCCGCGGCCGGAGGCGACGUCGAGCUUGUUCAACUCCUGCUCAAGUAUGGCACCAAUCGCCACUACUGGAACAAUAUCAUAGCCGCCCUACGGUCACCAGACCCUGAACGGCGCUUGCAGCUGAUGAUGCCAUGUGAUAACACUGAUGGGUUCGGAUGGAGGUAUCGUACAGCCCUGCACAUGGCUGCGGACGUCGGGGAAUACCUAGACGAUUCCACGGAAGCAGAAAGGGUGCAAAUAGCAACAAUUCUCUUGGAUAACGGCGCGAAUCCAAAUAUACAGCACAACUGCCAGCGCGAUUCCCAGUGUUGUUCCUCACCAACGCCCCUACAUCUCGCGGCAGAGGCUGGCUUCGUCGAUAUUCGCCGACUCAUAAUCGACUAUGGUACUGGUCAUAUUGGAGGACAAUGCGGGGAAAAACCCCCUCAGAUGCGGCAGAACUUUCCCAUAUGCCGCUUGAUGAACGACUCCGGAUGUGCUGGACGAUCUUCUCAGGUACGAAGUUGAUCCAACCUCAAUGAGCGAUGACCACCCUCCUUUCGGACGCAAGAUAAAAAUAAAACCGGCAUAAGUACGUACCUUGUCUGUUGGACAAAUAUCAGGUGAUGCAGUUAAAUAACUAGGAUAUUUUCUUGGGUAACUACCUUCAA